CCCAGAUAAGGAGACUCUGCUCACGAUGUAAGGAAAUGGAACAAGGACUGGUUUGGUACGAAUCUUUGGGAUUGGACAAAGAUCAUGACGGAAAGAUAGCCUUCGUAGAAUUCAAGCAGAGAGACAUUCCUGAGAUGGCCAAGUAUAUAGGAAAAGUGAAGGAUGAAAAGCCUCAUACAAAGAGUCGACACAGCCGUCAAGCCUGGAUUCAGAAUUAUUCGAGAAAUUCUGAUAAAAUCAUGGCGUCUUUACAAGACAGAGUACAACGGCUUACAAAUCUUCCCUUGGAACUGAUUCUAGCCAGCGAGUAUAUGCAAGUGGUAUCUUAUGGUCCAAUGGGUCACUAUAAUUGUCACCUGGAUUCAGACUUGAUCAGGCCCAAUAAACCAUGUUGUCAUUAUGUGGGAAGUGAGCUUGGUCAUUGUAGAGUUUGCAGAUAUGCAACGAUACUGUAUUUCUUGGACAACGUCGAGGAUGGAGGAGAGACUGCAUUCCCUGUUGCUGACAACAUAACGUUCGACAAAGAGGAAUGGAUGCGCGACGCGAACAACGUGUGUAAUUUAGCCAAGAACUGCCAAAAGGCGAAUGUUGUAGUUAAGCCAGAGAAAGGGAAAGCUGUGCUAUGGUACAAUCAUCAUGUUGACAACUCCACUGGUUGGCUUGGUCAACUUGAUCGAUACACUUUUCACGGCGGAUGCGACGUAAAGCGCGGCACGAAAUGGAUUGCAAACAGCUGGAUUAGCGUUGGAGAGGACAGAAAGAAAGAUAUCUUGAACUGGAUCGAACUUGCUGAAUAUGAAGAGGAGAAAUCUGACGUUAAACCGUCAAUAGAUUCGGGGACAGAUUCAACCCACGAAGAAUUGUGACUAUGUUGUUAAAGUGGGACUGGACCGAGGACCACUCGCCUCUGCAGGGCCACCAAUCAGUUGAACUCUACUGAAUAAAAUCCAACCGCAAGGUCUUAAUUUAUACAAAGCUUCAAAGCAAAGAUCUCCUCGACAGAUGAGAUUGCAAAUCGCACAUAAAUUAUUUGUUUUGCUAAAUUAGUGUAGAACAAGUUUCGAUGGUUAACAAAAUAAAAUGCUCAUUGAAUACUU